CUUAAAUAGACAGUGACCACUGACCAUUGAGUAAUGUCAGUAAGCCAUUAAGUCCCAAGUUAGUGUACGAUGACAAGCAGUACAGUGAACAACAGCAUGGUUGUGAUGUCGUCCGCCGCCAGCUCGGAUACAAUGUCCGAAGUAUCAGAUUCAGGUACAGGAACAUCUGGUAGGAGUUAUAGCGACAGCCGAGAGGAAAUGCAUCAAUUGGCAAUUUCUUUAGGAUUAGAAUCAGCGGAUGAUUUGGCCAAAGAGCGAUUUAAAGUAGAUAGAAAAAAACUCGAGGCUAUGUUACACUGUAAGUGUUUUUUGAAACCAAAAAAUAUUGUAUUAAGCACCUAUAUUUGACGUUCUAUAAUAAUAAUAUUUAUAAUUUUAUGUUUUCUAUAAUUUUAAUAAAAACCUAAAAUUUAAUUUUUAAUCCAUCGAAGUUGUAUUUUGCUUUUAAAACUUUGAGGGAAUUCUUGCUUAAAUUUAUGUUACCUAUCUAUGUUAUAUUUAUAAUAUUGUAUUAAGUACUUUUAUAUGAUUAUGGAGAAACCCACAAUUUAUUUUCCUAUCAUUGGAAUGAGAUUAAAAUAAAAUAAAUUUAUUUUUCUAAAUUAGGUUCUAACAAUUACUAAAUAAAAAAAUAAUAUUGAACUAUAAUAUAAUUUAAAGCCUUUAACUAAAAAAUUUUAUAGCGUAGACAACUACCUAUUUAAUCGUAAUAAUGUAGAAAUAUUACAAUUUACAAAAUACUUUAGGGAAAUAUUUUGUAUUUUAAAUAGGUAAAUUAAUUUAUUAAUAGUACUAUUUGAGCUUUUUGAAUUUUAAAUUAUUUUAUACUUAUUAUAAAACCCUAGGUUAAUAUCGUCUAAAGAGGUUUGUAAUUAAAAAUAAAAAGUUUAUUUGAGUAAAUUUUAAUAAUUUAUGAAUUAAAAAAAGUAUUAUUUCAAUUUUACUUUUUGUUUUUAAUUUAGUAUUAGUAUGAUCUGUGAAGAAUUAUUAGAAUUAUAUACAAAUUAGGUUUGUUUAAAAUUAUAUAUAAUAUAAUUUAGUUAAAUUGGCUAGAUUUUAAAGACGGAGGGUGGGGGGACUUGGGUGAAGGAACCAUCCAUUAACAGAACUUCAUGUAUUUCUAAUUUAAAGACUAUAAUAUGCAUAAUUAUUGAUUCGUAUAGGUGUAAUGAAAUUACAUAUAAUUAAGGUUUUAAUUUUAAAACACUAUUUGGUGGUGGGGAAUCGUGAAGGUAGAAUAUAAUAUAAAGUAAUUAAAUGUAGGUUUGUAUGUACGCAAUAAUAAAUCAUUGAAAACAAAAAACGAUUUGCGGAAUUAUCUUUUUAACAUGAUUUAAGUGUCUUGAUUUUUAAGGUUAUCAUUAAAAUUUGAACUCAUUAACAGUUAUAAAAGAAGCCUAUUACAUUAUGCUAAACUUUUUGUUUUCAAAAUUUACAACUUAUGAUAAACUUGUUUUAAAUUUUUGAUAAUUUUUUUAAAUAUUUUUUCAUAUAAAACCAAAAAAAAAAAAAAAAAAAUGGUGUGGUUAUAAAUAACUAAAGUCAAUUGCCAAAAUAUUUUGAAAACCACUUUCAAAAAGUACUAAUAGAAUUAGUAUUUGCUGAUUAUUUUAGAUUCAUUUGAUUAUUUUUAACUGUAUUACAACAAAAAUAAAAUCAUAAGAAGGAAACUGGUAUUUCCAUAAAUUUUCCCGUUUUUUUCAAAUUAUUAAUUAUUAAAGUAAAUUACAAUUUAAAUCAAAAAAUGCUAUCCUUAGUGCACCAAAUAAACCAACUGCUACCAGAAAUUAUCCCUAAACUUAACCAAUAUAAACAAUUUAAAUACUUUUCUUUAAUUAUAAAUAUUAAUUGGGAAUCUGGGUUUAUAUAGGUGAUGGCGAAGACGGAUUAACGGCAGUCAAUUUUUUUCAAAAAGUAUGUUUUUAAUCAAAUCAAUAAAUUGUAUAAUAAUAACUUUUAUUUAUAUAAUGUUAAAAUAUUUUAAUUAGGAAUUUAAAUCUUUAAUUAAUCUUUAGGUGAUGACAGAUACAAGAACUUUAAUUUUGUGGCCAACUCGAUUGAAAAUAGGAGCUAAAUCUAAAAAAGGUAAGUAAUUUUGAAAUAAUAAUAAUAAUUCAUUAUAGUAACUUUUAUAAUAAUAUUUAAUGUAUAAAAAAGUAUAGGAAAUUGUAUAUAUGUUUAAGUUUAAUAUAAAUGAUGUACUUAAGUUCUUUCCUGGUCCUUGAAUAGGAUAAGAUAAAAUAAAUUAUGCCAUUGAAACAAUUUUAACAAAAAGUAAAUAUCGACAAUUAAUUCAUAUUCUUUUUUAAUAUGUAACAAUGACACCUCCCCAAAAAGCAAGGCUUGUUCUUAAGAUGAACGAAUUAAAAAAAAUAGAUAUACAUUAUAACUUAUUAAAUAUUAUAGACUAGAUAUAGAAAUUGAAACUAGGUACAAAUAUUUUGUCUAAUAUAUUCAUAACUUAAAUAAUAACAAAAAUAAUAAUUAAUUAAAAAUAACAAUUAUUAAAUCUAAUGUAAAUUCUAAGGAUCAUUUUUAUCAACUUAAUGUAUAUUUAUGUCUGUAUGUUUUAUAUCAAAUGAAAAUAAUAUUAUAUUGUAAUAAUUGUGUUCUUUAAUUUCAAAUAAAAAAGUUCUUUUAUAGUAUUAUCAAUCUUCCGUAAACACUUAUUAUCUUGGAAAAUAUUAACUUUUUUCACACAUUUUUUGUAUAGAAAAUUUAACUUUCAAAAUAAUAAAUUUCCUUUAUAUUUGAUAGUGAAACCACUACUAAAAUUUAACUUUUACUUGUAAUACAGUAAACGUUUGUAUAAUUGUAUAGAUCCACAUGUUCGCAUCGCAGGACUCCCAGAGGAUGUUAAAGCAGCCAAAAUGCAAGUGAUGUGUGUCUUAGAUGACCGAGUAAGAAUAUUUUUAACUUUCUAUUAUUUAAUAAAUUUGUAAACAAUAAUAUAAUAUAAUAAUUUUUGUAGAGUAAUCGUGUAACAAUGAAACUAGAUCUAAGUUAUACAGACCAUUCACAUAUUAUUGGUCGGGGCGGACUAACAAUUAAGCAAGUAAUGGAAAACACUGGUUGUCAUAUACACUUUCCAGAUUCAAACAGAACAAGUUUAUUGGAGAAAAGUAAUCAAGUUUCUAUUGCUGGGAAUUGUAAUGCUGUUGAACGAGCUAGAGCUCGUGUACGAGUAAGUUACAGUAUUAUCCAUUAAACAAUAUAUUUUGAAUAAUCUAUAAAUAAUAUAAAUUGAUUUUAAGCUGAAAUCAAAUAAUUAUUUGUAUUCAUUACCACAAAAGAACAUGAAUUGUAUUUUAAUUGUAAAUAAUAAAACACAAAUAAAGAACUGAUACUGCUAAUGAAUGUGCCAUUGUUGUUGGUGAAAAGUUGGGAAGGUAGCAUACAUAAAGUUAUUUAAUUUAUAUCUGUGAAUAACGAAAAAGUUUUUAUUUCUAAGUGAAGUUUCUUUAUACAUAAUUUGAAAGGCCGCCAUCAUAUUUAUGAGUUUUAAUCAAAAUUUAACCAUUAUAAUACAGAAAUGAUACUAUACUUUUUUUUUGACCACUAAGCUCAAUUUAUAAUGAACUUUGUGUUAAAUUGUCAAGCCUCUCUGUUUGUUCAAACAAUUAAAUCUACAUAGUACCUACCAAAUAAAAACUAUGUAAAAAAAACUUACGUAAAGUUUCUAUAAAUAGCUCAAUCAUUUACCAAGUAUAGAAAAAGCCAAUAUAAAUUUUCUAUCAAAAUGCUACAAAUAUUUUUAACUGAAUUACAACAAAAAAACAUAAUUGAAAAUAAUGAUUAUUAUUGUUAUCAUUAUUUCCAUAAACUUACCUAUUUCUUUCUACAUAUUUAGAUUUUACUCAAUUAAGAAAACUACCCGGAAAAUCAAAAAACGACUCACUCACCAAUUAGAUCUUAAAUUCAUCAAAAAAGUAUCUUAUUUUUUUUUCGAUUGUAGCAAUUUCUAGUUGAAAACAUAACCAGUUAAAAUUAUAAAUAAUGAUGUUGUAAAUUUGUCAGUUUUCCUAUUUAUUAUGAAAACUGCUUAGAAAAUAAAAUAAAAAAACAAAACUAAUAUACUUAUUUUUUACAAAUAAUGAAAACGGUAUCGCAGCCCUACUUUACCCAUUUUUCUGGUAUUCACUGAUUAUUUUGAAAAACCAUUGAAAAAUCAAAAAAUGACUUCUCUCAUGCACCAAAUUAAUCCAAAAUACAACAAAAAGGUCUCUUGUCAUUUUUUAGUUUGACCAAGUUUUUUAGUCUAAAAGAUGUUUACCAUCUGAAAAAAAAAAAAGUAAAAACUAUAGUAAAAUCUAUAGAUUUUUGGAACUCUGAACCUAUAAAAUAAUAAGGCAACUACUUUUUUAUUUUAUUCUUAGGAAUUAACUCCAUUGAUAUUUUGUUUUGACUGGCCAAAUAUUGGUACUGUUCAAAAUUAUCAAGAUCCAUCGAGUCAAUUCCCUUACAUUGGUUCUAUUCAAGAAAAUUAUAAUGUUCACGUUAUGUUUCGUACUAGACCAAAGCUUCAUUCAACUAUGGUAAUGGUCAAGGGACAUGAAUGGGAUGUUGUGAGAGUCAAAGAAGCUACUAUGCAACUUAUGACACAUAUGUGUGGAAAUCUUGCUGUAAGUAAUCAGAUUUGUAAUUUUGUAUUCACUUUGUAGCAUAAUAAAUACCUAUGUCAACUUUAAUAUUAUAACUAUGAAUUAUAUCCCUCUAGGCUCUUUUAAAUUUAUAAUAAGUAAUUUGUGUAUGGGUUUUCUAAACAUAUAUUUCAGUGAGAAAAUUAAAUGUAACAAGAAUUUUCCAAUGAGACAUAAGUUAAAUUCUUCGAAAAUGUGGUUAGAUGGUUGUAUGGUUGUAUGGUUUGGUACAUUGGGCUGUAGACAGAAAAAAAGAAUGGAUAAUGUGUGUAACAGGGAUAAGAAUGCUUAGGUGAUGAGUGGAAUGACGAAAGAAGAUAAGAUAAGGGAUGAGUACACAAGAGAUUGUUUAAGUAUGACUUUGAUAGUAGAUAAAAUGAGAGGAAAUAGACUGAUACAGUCUGGGCAUGUCAUAGGAAGAAAGGAAUCUGAAGCAUUAAGAAUUAUAAUGAAAAAAAAUUUAAGACAAAGAGGUGAGGAGGAAGACAAAAAAAAUGGUAGUUGAAUACUAUUUAAACCGUUAUGAAGACAACCGGUGUAUACGAAGUGGAAGAUUUGGUCAAGUGCAAGUUUAGAACACUGUUGGCUGACCUCAAAUAGUUGGGAUGUGGGCAACAGAGAAAAAGAAGUGAGAAAAUUAAAAAGUUAUGAAGACUGCACAGAGUAAUAACUCUUCAGUACCUUAGGCCACACACAAAUUUCAGUUUUUUAUAAUUCUAUUCACGUCUAUCAAAAUUAUAUAUUUCCAUUGUAUAAAAAUAUUGUAAUUUGUGUCAUUUUUGGAAAUGCUCUCUUGGCUUGAGUCAGUAUUGCUAGCAUCAAUACUGAAAUAUACAUAUUUUGGAAUACUAAUUAGUAAUUAUUAUUGGUUUCCAAUAAUACAAAUUAAUCUGUAAACAUUUUUUUCAUUAAUAUAAUCCAUAAGUCUACCUGUCUGUCAGCCCUAAUGAGAAUAUGAUUGUUUUUUGUUUGGAUGGAUUUUACACUCUCAAUUAGGAAAUGAUUUAAACAUAUUGAAAAAUCUGUUAUGUAUUUUCAAUUUUAGGUUUCUAGUCAUAUGUUUAGACACUUUGUAUCACCACUAUAUUUAUCCAUCUGUAAUUACCAGUACAUAGUUACGGUUGUUGAUUUGGCUGAUAAGGAAGUAUAUUAUAUUAUUUGUAACAUUAUUAUCAUUAAAUAUAAAUUUGUUUAUUGUUUAAAAUAAGUGAAUAUAGAGAAACCAGAGAGAAUAUAGAGAAUAAAUAAGAGAAACCAGGAACUCAGCUUGAGCUUCCUAAUUUAUUCUAUAAUUUUUUUGACUAUUAUAAAAUCAUUGACAUCUACAGCCAAAUCCACUUAAUCAAAUUAUAUUAUUGGUUAUAUAUUUGCAUCUAGUUUAGCUUAAACAAAUAAUAGUUAUAGAUUUAUUAUUUGAUUGUGGAUUCAUUUUAGCUUUCAUAGUUAUAAAAUAACAUUUAACUAAUUGUAUUAGGCUUUACAUGAAUUUGUAAGUUUAGAAAUAUUGUAUUUACAAUUUACUUAUUAAGAAUAUCUGGGAGUGUAUCUGAGUUCUUAAUAUAAGUACUUAUUAUGUAAUAAUUAAAAAUAAUUUAAAGUUUUCAAAUUCAGAGAAUCUCAAUAAUCUCAAUCUGAGUCAGUGAAAUUAAUAAAAAAAAAUGUAUUUAUUUUUAAGAAUCAAGUACUAAUACUUAUGGUUAUGGAAAUAUCUCCUCAACACCAUAAAAUUGUAAUGGGGCCUGGUAAUGAAACACUCAGAGCUAUCACUCAUCGAACAGGAGCCCAAAUACUAUUUCCUGAUGCUAAAGACCCAAAUAUACCAUCCAUUAAAAAAAGCAGUGUUACUAUUACUGGACAUAUACAUAAUGUCUAUGCAGCUCGUCAGAUGCUCAUUGUAAUAUAUUUAUUUUUCACUUUACUCAAAUAUUAAUAAAUUAAAUAUUUUAUGUUUAGGGUUCAUUACCAUUGCUUCUCAUGUUUGACAUUCCGCAAGACGAAAUGGUUUUAACCCAUGAACAAAUCGACAGUGUAAUGCAACGUUUAGACAUAUAUAUAUCGCUUAGACAUAAAGCUAGUCAAAAUAUAUAUACAGUUUCAAUAAAAGGUUUUGAAAGAUCUGUAGGUGAGUAUUAAUUAAAUAAAUAUCAUUAAAUUUCUUAAAAUUGUUAUUAUAAAGUACUUUUAUGUGGAAAAAAAAUUUAAAUCGGAAUUAAUCUAAAAUAUUAAGUAUUACUAGUUUCUCCUAUUUUUUAUUUCUUAAAUUGUUUACAUUAAAUAAUGUCUAUUUACAAUAUCAUUAUGUUACAAUAUUUUUUUUUUUUGAAGUUAUUCAAAUUUAACAACUGAUUAUUAUUAUUAACAAAUGUGCAGUAAACAAUUUGCUGAUAAAAUCAAAUAAUACUAUUUUAACAUAGAUAAUAUUAUGUAUGUAUUAAAUUACACAUUAUAUCAUUAAAAUAACAUUUGAUUCCAAAUGUUACUUAUAAUGAAGAAAAUAGAUCCCUUUUAAAUUUUAAAUCAAUCCAUCUAUAUUAUUUUUAGUUUAAAUAAUUUUAAAUUAAUAAAAUAUGGGUUUUUAUAUUCAUAGGCAAUAUUUAUGAAGGUCGAAGAAGUUUAUUAGGUGGUACUGGAGAAAGAAUAUCACCGAAUAUACCAAAUACAUACAAUGUACCAAAUGAAAGUCCAUCAUUUUUAAUUUCAAAUGGAGAAUUUUAUAGUGGAAAUCGAUAUUCUAAUAAAUCAUUUAAUAAUUUAGGCGGGUUUAAUAAUUUUACAAAUUUCCCUGGAUCAAUUUCUACGUCGUGUCAUAAUAGUGUAGUUAAUUUACCAUUAGUAAGCAACCAUGGAAAUAUUUCUCAAAUUGGGAAUGUAUUAGGCCCGAGAAUUCAGCAGUUGGCCAACGAUUUAAAAAUGGACAAUUUAUCAACAAAUAAUAAUCAUAUUGGAAAAUCAAGUAAAGCAAUCAUGUAUAUUUUAUUAUUUUUUGUAUAAAAUAAUAUUACUGUUUAUUUAUUUCUUUUUUUUAGCAUUUAAUUAUAUUGAAACAAAUACUUCCCCAAAUCAAAGUUUGUUGUCAUCAGGCAACGAAUUAGGUAUUUUUGUAUAAAUUAUUAUCUUUUAUUCAUAAAAAAAUUCUCAGAUUUAAAUACAUUGUAAUUUUUAAGAUGUAUAAACAUUAAAUAAAUUGAUUUAUUUUUAUAGAUAUAGAAAUGUUUGAAAAUCGUGCGCCUGGUUUUCGAAGACAACCAAUUACUUAUGAUUAUCAUAAUUUGCGCAUUGCUGCAACUCAAGGUAAAAUUAAUAAAAAAUUUAAACAAUUAUUAUUUAAUUUACAAAUUAUGUAUUUUUCAGUGUCUCAGACAAAACCUAAUCGAUCAGAAAUAAGAGUUCCAACAUCUGUGUGGUCUGGAUAUGGUUUCAGUCAAUCUAGUCCUUCUUCUAUUUUAAAAGAACAACGAGAUGUAAUUUUAAUUUCAAUAGUUUAAAAUCAUUAUUAUUUAUUCAUAUAUUAUAAUGUUUGUAGAAUGAGCAAAAUAUAUGGAGUAAUACUUCACCUGAAACAAAUAAUGAGAUGUCUGAAUUAUCAUCAAUGGAAAUGAGUAACCAUCUUGACUCUACUCCUACUACAACUGUUUCUAAAAUAACAUCUUCUACAUUUGCUGAUUUACCCUCUCAUUUAGCAAUUCUCGGCUUAGAUAAAUACAUAAGUAAGUUUUAAAUAUUCAAUACUAUCAUAAUAUUUUUUAAAUUCCUAAUAUAACUUUAUUUUAGAUUUAUUUAAAUCUCAUGAAAUUGAUUGGACUACUUUCAAAACAUUGACAGAAAGUGACUUACGUGAAAUUGGUGUCACAGCUUUAGGCGCACGGAGAAAAAUAUUGUUAUCUAUAGCUGGUACAUAAAUUUUGUUAUACACUUUUAUAUUUUUAUUAUACUUGUUCAAAUAUGUUUUAAUUUUGACAGAAUUAAAUAAACGGUGUCCAGUUGGUGGAUUAUUUGGAAUCAGUCCAGCUCCAGGAGCUGAAAGAAAGAGCCCUGCAUCAAAUAAUAGUCCAUCAGACACCUGGUAAAUGAACAAUGUUAACUGUAUACUACAAAGUAUCAUAUAAUUUUUUCCAGAAAUUAUAAAUAAUUUAGAAACUCUAGAAGGGUUUUAAACAAUUUUGUUCAAUAUAUAUAUAUAUAUGUGCUAUAAAUUAUUAUAAUAACAUAACUAACUUCAUAUUUAUUUAAAACAUAACAAAAUUUAUAGUAUUUUAGUAACAAUUACCCUUAUUUUGUCUUUAAUCGAUACUAGUAUAUUAUGUUGUAACCAAACUUUUCUUAUAGCUUUUAUAUUACUACCCACCUUUUGUUUACAUUUAAUGUUUAAAUAGCCAGUCUUUUUUUUUUUUUAAUUAUUCUAUAGUGUAUUUAUUUAUCUCUAACUAUAUUUUGUUAUUUUAUUUCUCAAAAACCGAAUCAAUGUUGAAUGUUUUUUACGCCAUUAUCAAUGUGGUUGUAUAUGAAUAUGUGUU